CCACACCCACAACGACACCCACACCCCACACCCACAACGACACCCACACCCCACACCCACAACGACACCCACACCCCACACCCACACCUGGAUUUUUGUAAAACCCAAAGCACUGACUAUGCUGAUCAGCGCGAGAUGGCGCUAUGGUGGAUAAAUCACUAGACAUUGGAGAACAACCAGCAAAAGUUGCAGCUCAAUCGGAUUAAAACUCUUUGUAGCGUUCACAAAAUAUGGAAAGGCUGAGUUUCAAAACCUUGUUGGACUAGUGACUGGGUUUUUUUUCUCUCAAAACAUUCACUGUUAUAUAUGAUUCGAUGCAGUUCGACGAGCUAAUUCCGAAUAUCACCUUGGUUUUGCGUUAUAAUGUUCUUAUAUUCACCAAGCCACAGGUUCUGGGGUGGAAACCUGGUUUUUUGGGAGACCUGUUACUCGGUCUGUGUUCACUGAUGCAACACGGCGCUAUGUUGGACGAAACAUUAGACAUUGGUGAACAACCAGCAAAAAUUUCAGCUCAAUCAGAUUAAAACUCUUUGUAGCAUUCACAAAAUACGACAUGACCACUUUUUCGACCCACUUUGGACCCAAUACCCAUUUUCUCUUCUAUUGCAAAUCUGAUUCAAACCAAACCAAUUUUUGAUACGGUAAAGCUCAUGGAUCAACAAUUCAUUCUGCAUAGUUUUUUCCUUCAAACUACUUUGAUAAGUCGAUCAAAAGAGUGGCUUCCGUAAAAUUACAGAUUUAUGACCAGUUUUUUUUGUCAAUGAGUUUUUCCAAGGUUCGACUUGUUUUUUGAAAAUCUGGUUUUAAGGUAAGAUAGACUAAUCAUAGACGUAUUCGUUUCAAUAUUUAAAUUUUGGAAAAUAGAAUUUGAGAUCAUGUCCGCCUGGUUCCCCACUGUGUACUGGUCAUAUUUCUAUGCGACGAUCGGAUCCAUGGAUUAAUAAUUUUAAUGAAUAUCUUAUCGUGGCUUGUCGGUCGAACAUGGGCAUUAAAUUUAUUUGGACUGGUAGCGAUGCAAAGGCGCUUGUUUAUUAUAUUACCGAUUACGUGACUAAAAUGAGUCUCUCUUUUCAUGACACAUUUGCUCUUGUACAAAAAAGCAUUACGUCGUUGAAAACUUUCCUAGACUCGGGAGACGCGGAAAGUGAAAUUGAAAAAUCACGUAAACUGGUUUUACGUUGUUACAACACACUGGCUUCUCAACAAGAACUGUCUGGAGCUCAAGUUGCUUCUUAUCUUAUGAACUGGGAUGAUCAUUACACGACGCAUAAAUUUCAAGGUCUCUAUUUAAUUCAAACUGAGCGAUUUUUACAAAUUGAAUUGAAUGAAAUACGUUCCAAGAAAAACUUGGAACUUCCAUCAUAUGGUGAGUAUGCUACCAUCAAUUUUAGGUUUUUGAGUUAUAAAACGUCAUAUCUAAUUAAACAGUAUUAUUAAUUUGUAAAAUACUUUUAGAGUGAGCACUGAGAAGAAAUAAUGUUUUUACCUUUAUUCGAAAGAUUGAAAAAGAAUAGGUUAGUCGAGAAUACAUCUUAUAAUUAAAUUGAUAUUAAUUUGUUAUGCUCUUUAUAUAGAUACGUUUGACGAUGAUACAGUUGACGAUGGAGCAAUGGAAGAAGAAAAUAACGAAGAAGAAACGUUUCAGAUUCAGUCAUCUGAAAAUGAUAAAAAAUUUGUACUUGUCAAUACACGAAUCGAUUAUCAAUAUCGCUCAGAGACUCUCAAUAACAUAUAUUUAUAUGAAUUUGUCAGCACACUAUAUAAGAAGAAAAUGAAUGCAACAGAUAUGAAACAUUUAUCCACGACUGCUGCACCAGACACGGAAGUAGCUAAUAAAGUAGGUCGACCACGUAACGAGCGUUUUGCUUUUCAAGAGCAACAUCCACAGGCAACAACACAUUUAUUGAUGAAACACAGUCAGGCUCAUAUACCAGUUCUUUAUGGUCCUCAAAUUCCUAGAUGCGAUCGUCAAGACACUCGAGAACGAUAUGGUUGA